AUGGACCUGUUCUCCGCCGCCUGCGAGAACUUUGGGCUGGUCAUCAACACGCAGAAGACGGUGGUGAUGCGCCAACCGCCACCCAAAUCAGUCACAGCCCCCAACGCGCAGCCGAAAAUCAGCAUGAACGGAAUUCAACUGCAACUGGUGGAGAAAUUCCCCUAUUUGGGCAGUACUCUCUCCCGCAACACCAAGAUCGGUGAUGAAGUCGCCAACAGGAUCUCGAAAGCCAGUCAAGCCUUCGGUCGCAUCCAAACCACAGCUUGGAAUCGUCACGAUCUUAAACUGAGCACGAAGUUGAAGAUGUACAAGACCGUCAUCCUGCCGACGCUACUGUAUGGAGCGGAGACUUGGAAACUGUACACAAGGCGGCCACGCCGACUUAACCACUUCCACCUCAGUUGCCUUCGCCGCAUCAUGAGUCUGAACUGGCAGGAUCGAAUCCCCGACACUGGAGUAUUGGAACGAACGGGAAUGCUCAGCAUCUACGCCAUAAUGAGACAAAUACUGCUGCGCUGGAGCAGCCACCUGGUGUGCAUGGACGACGAGCGACUACCCAAACGACUCUUCUACGGAGACGUCGCGACGGGUUCUCGCCGUCAAGGAGGCCAAAUCCGCCGUUACAAGGACACCUUGAAGUCCUCCCUGAAGCGUCUGCAAAUCCACCUCACCAACUGGGAGAACCUCGCACUCGAUCGACCGACCUGGACUAGAACAGUGAAGACAGACGCUGCGAUCUACGAAGCCAACCGCAUCGCUGCCGCCAAAGCGAAACGCGAAGCCCGCAAAUCACAACUUCGCCCAGUACGCAACGACGCCGCCGCACAACCGCUUCCAACGUGUCCUCGAUGUCAACGGACAUUCCGGGCUCGAAUCGAACUUAUUGGACAUCUUUGGACCAACUGCGCAUCUCGCAUUGCACCAACCAUCGUCCCCGCCUGCAUCAUCCUCCACAUCUCCGCCGCCAACUAA